CUCCCGUUUUGCCAACCCUAACCAAUAAUAAAAUCCUUCUCGCCCCUCUCCUACUUCGCCCUUCCCUUCGACCCUCCAACGUCAUCCAUUUUUGCCGGCCGGACUCCUCGUUUCCCCAGCGAACAAAGAUGCGUGAGAUCCUUCACAUCCAGGGGGGUCAAUGCGGCAACCAGAUUGGGGCCAAGUUUUGGGAGGUGAUCUGCGAUGAGCACGGCAUCGACCACACCGGGAGGUAUAGCGGCGACUCCGAUCUGCAACUCGAAAGGAUCAAUGUGUACUACAACGAGGCGAGCGGUGGAAGGUACGUGCCGAGGGCCGUACUCAUGGAUCUCGAGCCGGGAACCAUGGACAGCGUCAGAUCUGGGCCUUUCGGUCAGAUCUUUCGCCCGGACAACUUUGUCUUUGGACAAUCGGGAGCGGGGAACAAUUGGGCCAAAGGACACUAUACAGAAGGGGCUGAACUCAUUGAUGCUGUCCUCGACGUUGUCAGGAAGGAGGCCGAGAACUGCGAUUGCCUGCAAGGAUUUCAAGUAUGCCAUUCUUUAGGUGGAGGCACUGGAUCUGGCAUGGGCACACUUUUAAUCUCUAAAAUCAGGGAAGAAUAUCCUGACCGUAUGAUGCUCACUUUCUCUGUCUUCCCCUCACCCAAGGUCUCAGACACAGUUGUGGAGCCAUACAAUGCAACUCUUUCAGUUCACCAGCUUGUAGAAAAUGCAGAUGAGUGCAUGGUUCUUGACAAUGAGGCUCUCUAUGACAUCUGCUUCCGGACAUUGAAGCUGGCUACACCCACUUUUGGAGAUCUUAACCACCUCAUCUCCGCAACCAUGAGUGGUGUGACCUGUUGCCUUCGUUUCCCUGGCCAGCUCAACUCUGACCUCCGGAAGCUUGCUGUGAACCUUAUACCCUUUCCACGCCUCCAUUUCUUCAUGGUCGGUUUUGCCCCACUCACGUCCCGUGGAUCCCAGCAGUAUCGUGCCCUCACUGUCCCUGAGCUCACCCAGCAGAUGUGGGAUGCCAAGAACAUGAUGUGUGCUGCAGACCCUCGUCAUGGCCGUUACCUUACUGCGUCAGCAAUGUUUAGAGGAAAAAUGAGCACCAAGGAAGUAGAUGAACAAAUGAUUAAUGUUCAGAAUAAAAAUUCAUCCUACUUUGUUGAGUGGAUUCCCAACAAUGUCAAGUCCAGUGUCUGUGACAUCCCACCAAAGGGUCUGAAAAUGGCAUCAACUUUCAUUGGCAACUCCACAUCAAUACAAGAGAUGUUCCGCCGUGUAAGUGAGCAAUUCACAGCUAUGUUCAGGAGGAAGGCUUUCUUGCACUGGUACACUGGUGAGGGCAUGGACGAAAUGGAGUUUACAGAGGCCGAAAGCAACAUGAAUGACCUGGUUUCAGAAUACCAACAGUACCAGGAUGCAACUGCAGACGAGGAGUACGAGGAGGAAGAGGAGCUGGAGGAGGAGCCAGCUGCCUGAGCCCAGCCUCUCAGUGUGUCAUACUUAAAUUGCGUCUCUCUAUCCAGUUGUCUAUCAACGAUAUGUCUGGUUGUUGUCUGUUUGUGUAGAUUUUGGAAUGUGGACUUGAGAACAGCGGUAUUCUGGUUUCAGGAUGCCGUGCUCAUUGGUGUUUAUGUGUUGAUUCCUUUUCUUUUUUCGUUU